GAAGGGGACAUUACUUGUCAGGAAGGGACGGCAGCAACAGAAGGCACUUUCUUUCCGAUUAGGCUUCUUUUUAACAUCACAAAAAGCUGUGGAAUUAACGCUUGGAUAAAACCCGUGUUUUCAAGGAAGUUUUGACAUCAAACCGACGACAAUAAGACACGUAAAAACCGCCAACUAAGCGAAGAUAUCUGAUGCUCUGAAACGAAACGGAAGUAACUUGCCAGCUGUCUGGCGACGCUUGCUUGUUCACUUUUUGGGGGAUCUGAAUGCCAACUAUAUGGGUGAUGGAGUUGGGCAGGCAACUCUGUUUGAAGAUGCGGAAAAACAGGAAGGCCCAACACACCUCCCUUCCUGCUUCCUUUUUGGGUCUGGAAAUCCACUUUUACGUUCCAGGAAAGCAACCGCUGCAGUACUUGAAAGGGUGCUACACUGCUGAGAAGCUCUGUGUGGCAGCUGCCAAGAGCUGCGAGAUUUCUCCCUUGUGCCAUAACCUGUUUGCCCUCUACAAUGACACAACUGGUGCUUGGUAUCCUCCUAGCUAUGAGUUCAAGAUCUCAGAUGAUACAAAUAUCAAGUUGCACUAUCGCAUGAGGUUUUAUUUCAGAAAUUGGCAUGGCACCACUGAAGGAGAGUCGCCAGUUUGGAGACACUGCAUCAGUAAACUGAGAGGACAAAACACACAGAAAAUACCAGAGGGAACACCUCUACUAGAUGCUGGUUCCCUGGAGUACCUGUAUGCCCAGGGUCAGGAUGACUUCCAGACAGGCAUGGUUCCACUGAGGACUUCCCAGUCAGAGGCAGAGCAACACGAGAUAGAAAAUGAGUGUUUGGGGAUGGCUGUGCUUGCCAUCACUCACUUUGCCAUGAGCAUGAAUAUGCCACUGCCAACUGCUUCCCGUGAAAUCAGUUACAAACGUUUCAUCCCAGAGUCCUUGAACCUCAACAUUAAGCAGCGGAACAUCCUGACACGCAUUCGCAUCAACAACGUGUUCAAGAAAUUCCUGAGUGAGUUCAACAGCGGCACAGUCAGGGACAGUAAAAUCACGGCGUACGACCUGAAGAUCAAGUACCUGGCCACACUGGAGGGGCUGACCGGCAACUUGGGCUGUGAGCUUAUCGAGCCCAUCGCGCUCAACGUGGUGCAGGAAGGAGACCUCUGCAAUGGAGCAUACUAUGGUUACUACAGUCAGAGCCAAGGCCAAAGUCAGCCUCUGUGUCAGAACGGGGAGACGUGCCAUGACAUGCAGGUCCUUGUUACUGGUGUUGCUGGAAUUUCCUGGAGGAAGAAACCGUCCUCUGAGUCUGCAAUCUCCAAAGAAAAGGCCAAGACAAAGAAGAACAAACAAGACAGCAAGCAGAAAAAUGAAAAGAAAGAUGCAAAUGAUGCCUGGACUAUGUUCUGUGACUUCCAUGAAAUCACACACACGGUUAUCAAAGAGACAACCGUCACCAUCAUAAGACAGGACAACAAAAAGAUGGAGGUGAAAAUGGCUUCUAAGGCUGAGGCUCUGUCCUUUGCAGCCCUUGUGGACGGUUACUUCAGGCUGACUGUGGAUGCCCAUCACUACCUGUGCAAGGAGGUGGCCCCACCUUCAGUAGUGCACAACAUCAACAGCGGCUGCCACGGACCCAUCUGUACGGAGUAUGCGGUUCACAAGCUGCGACAGGACGGGAACGAGGAGGGCUCAUACAUCUUGCGCUGGAGCUGCACUGACUAUGAGUUUAUCAUCAUCACUGUCGUCUGCCAAGAGGAGUCUCGUGCUGUGCGCCAGUACAAGAACUUCCAGAUUGAGGUGUUUUCCAGUGGCUACCGUCUGUUUGACACCGAGACAUUUCGGCCCACCCUCAAAGAGCUGUUGGAGCACCUCGAAGGCCAGAGUCUUCGCACCGACAACCUCCACUUCCAGCUGCUCCGCUGCUGUCCUCCCCAACCAAGAGAGAUUUCUAACCUCCUGGUGGUGACGAAGGACAGAGUGCAGGCCCACCAGACACCCAUGCAGGAGAGUCAGCUCAGCUUUCACCGCAUUCUUAAGGAGGAGAUAGAACAGGAGGAGCACCUCGGUCUAGGCACAAAAACCAACAUCUAUUCAGGCACUCUGAAGGUGAAGAGCGAGGACGAGGAGGAUGCAGGUUACACAUCCUUCCAGGAGGUCAAGGUGGUCCUCAAGGUGCUGGGUUCUGGACACAGGGACAUCUCUUUGGCUUUCUUUGAAACUGCCAGUAUGAUGCGGCAAGUGUCCCACAAACACAUUGUGCUGCUUUACGGAGUGUGUGUUCGCCACCAGGAGAAUAUCAUGGUAGAGGAGUUUGUCCAACUAGGACCACUGGACGUGUUUAUGAGGAGACAGCAAACUCCACUCGGCACCCCGUGGAAGUUACAGGUGGCCAACCAGCUGGCCUCCGCUCUCAGCUACUUGGAGGACAAAAAGCUGGUUCACGGCUUUGUGUGCGCCAAGAACAUUCUGCUGGCCAGAGAGGGGCUGAGUGCAGAUGAAGGGGGGCCGUUUAUCAAGCUCAGUGACCCCGGAAUACCAAUUACAGUGCUCACCAGAGAGGAGUGUGUGCAUCGUAUCCCUUGGAUCGCUCCGGAGUGUGUGAAGAAUGCAUCAUCGCUCAGCGUGGCAGCUGAUAAAUGGGGAUUUGGUACCACCCUGUGGGAGAUCUGCUAUAACGGAGAUGUUCCCCUGAAAGAGAAGAAACUAACGGAGAAGGAGAGAUUUUAUGAGAAGGAGUGCCAGCUGGCCACCCCUGACUGCAAAGAGCUGGCUGAUCUCAUGACCCACUGCAUGAACUACGACCCGAAGAAGAGACCGUUCUUCAGGGCCAUUGUCCGAGACAUCGACAUGCUGCCAAACCCAUUUAUUCCGCCCCAGCCCACGCCUGAUGUGGACCCCACCGAGUUUGAAAAACGCUUCCUGAAGAAGAUCCGAGAUCUGGGAGAGGGUCACUUCGGUAAGGUGGAGCUUUGCCGCUACGAUCCCCGUGGAGACCGGACGGGCGAGAUGGUGGCGGUGAAGUCGCUGAAGCCCGAGAGCCGGAAGGAGCAGAGCAACAACCUCUCCAGAGAAAUCGACAUCCUGAAGGACCUGUACCAUGAAAACAUCGUCAAGUACAAGGGGAUCUGCAAAGAAGAGGACGGUCAGGCCAGUAAGCUGAUCAUGGAGUAUCUUCCACUGGGCAGUCUGAAGGAGUAUCUGCCCAGGAACAAGAACAAGACGAGCCCCAGCACGCUGCUCAGUUACUGUGUCCAGAUAUGCAAGGGAAUGGACUAUCUGGGAGAACAGAAUUACAUCCACCGUGAUUUGGCAGCCCGAAACGUGCUGGUGGAAAACGAGAAGACGGUGAAGAUCGGAGAUUUCGGCCUCACCAAGAGCAUCAAAGACAAUAACGGCUAUUACACCGUCAGGGACGACCACGACAGCCCUGUGUUCUGGUAUGCUCCAGAGUGUCUUACCUCGUGCAAGUUUUACCUCGCUUCAGACGUUUGGUCCUUCGGGGUGACGAUGUACGAACUCAUGACCUACUGCAACCAAACCAAGAGCCCCAUGACGUGCUUCCUCAGUAUGAUCGGUGCAACUCAAGGUCAGAUGACCAUUAUCCGCCUGGUGAAGGUGUUGCAAGACGGGAACAGGCUGCCCCGUCCCGACGACUGUCCCGAGCCCGUGUACGAGCUGAUGCGGAGGUGCUGGGAACACGCGCCCGAGAAGAGGAUCUCCUUCAAGCGCCUGAUCGAGGAGCUGACCGCCCUGCAGCUCCAAUCACAGAGCGUCCCGUAGGCGUCGCCCGCCGGCCGCUCUAGGACUGAAGCUCCACUCGCAGCUUACGUAGGACCUAGAUGCAAACUGCAAAAGCGAUUCCCCAUGGACGUGCGCUUGUUCAGCCUCACGACGCCACCCACCCACUUUAUACUCCACAAUCAUGGCAAACAGACUAAAAAAAACAACUUUAAUUUUAUUAUGCUACGUCCUAAUUUCUUUUUUUCCGUCAUAUUAUCCUGAUAUCUCGCUUUGGAUGCUGAAUAUUUGUGUUAAAACCUGUAGCCUUGGUCCGUGACCGGACGUUUAGCUGGUCACCUCACGAGGACUUGCAGCAGAUACGGAUGUAGCUGACGGAUGGAAGAAAAGCUGAAACCCUGGCUUUUUAUGGUUGAGUGGGGGCGACGAUCGCUGAUAAAUCAAGUUCAGAAGCACUUGGAUGCGGACAAUGAAGCAGAUGUUACCACGGAUACUGAAGAUGAUCUUUGUACCACUGCACCUUCAUGGACUCCUGAUCGGGAGAAUGUUGCCUGGAUUUCUGUUAAUUCGUCUGUUUUUUUUUUUGUUGAAAUCAUAAAUGUGUUUACUGUUCUUUAUGUGCAAAUGCAGCCUUUCACUGUUUCAAAAUAAGUAAACAUUCAAUACUUGCAAGUGUUAGAUUUGUAAAUGUUGAGAUCUGGAUUGGACAAAAAUGAUUUGAAACCUUAUUAGAAAUCUUUGUGAGAGGUUUGGGCUGCAUUUGCACAUGAACAGAUUUAUAUUUGUUAUGUUUCAGUUAUAAUAUAUUUAGCAUCCGAGUACCCGAGCCUAAAAUCUAUAACAUGCAAGUUAAGAGAUGUGAUGCGAGUAGCAAGUCUCCUAGAGACACUUGAGGGUAUGCAGCAGUUCUGACCAAUACAGCCUAAAAUAAAACGUCUUGCUGUAAUCCAGAGGAACGAGAGCACUAGUGGCAGCGGGGUAAAACUGUUUGCUUUUAUUUUUUUACUAUAAUUCACCAAUAUUUUAUAUUACUGUACUGUAUGUGCCAGGAGGUUCUUGUGUUUGAUAACAAUUAGCGGGCAUCGUCAUGACAACUGAGCCAGAUCUCCAUCCCGUGACACCAGAGGCAUUUGUUGAGACGACAAAGAUGUGCUUCAGUCCACAUUUUAUUUAGGAAUGUAAAAGACAAUUUUUUCUCUGCUCUAAAUAAGAGAAAAGAAAUAUAUAGAUAUAAUUUUUUUCCCCCCAAAAAAAGACAAAAGUAUCCAUAAAUACACAGUGGAAAAAAAUAAAUAAAUAAAAGUCAAUGUUUGUCUUCUGUCUAAAGCGAUAUCAAUAACUAUCAAACGGUUUGUUCUAUAUAAUACAGCUGUAAACAGGCAUGCUAAAAUUGCUGUAGAAAUACCAUAUUCACAGUAAAACAAUAUCCAUGUCAAUGUGAUAGAAAAUUUAGCAAAAUCUACAGUAUAGUUCAGAAGAAAAAUCUACAUAUUUGAAAAGCAAAAGCUGUUUAAAGAGCAAAAGCACAGCAAAUAAAUGGGCCGUGAAAUCAGAAAAUAUUUAAAUAUUGCAAAUCUGCGAUCGAAACACUCACACAGUCAUUUACUAUUGCAAAGUCCAGCCUUUCCACUGACCGUCCGUAAUAUUUAUGAUCAUGAAAAUG